GAAAAUGGACGUCAUACUAAACUAUUUGUACUUACUACUUCCUUGUUUAUUGAAAUUGAUAAGAAAGCGGUAAUCAGAUAUGAAAGACACUCAUAGUACCGGAACUGUAAUAGACUGUAUAAAAAUACACCAUAUAUUUUAUCGAAAUUAAUAAAUCCCUUACAUUUGAUAUAUGACAAGAAGUACAAUCUUGUUGCAAUGGGUAGUAGUGCAUGUGAGCAAAGGGAGCUUAUGAAGCUUUUUAAAUGCGUUCUAGAUACCGGAAUUGAUGUCUUAUCCGCCUUUUUCACACUGAAAGUUUUAUCACUUCCGCAAAAUGGAGGACAUUUUACCCAGUUUCUCGACAAUGAAAAACAUUUUCUUUAUCAUCAGUGGGAGCAAAGAAAAACCAUGUGCUGUGCAUGUCCACCAUUCGGGUGUUCUAUUGGACGCUUCACAAAAAUGAAGAACUGGAUCUUCCAAAUGUUGUAUGAAGCAAAUGGAAUAGAAGAUCCUGCACAUGUAAUCAAACGGGGUGGGUGUUUACAGCAGUUAUGUUUACACAAAUUUGUGACAAGAAGCAUUGCUGCUCACGAAUUGGACAUCACCGUCUUAUCCUUCUUGUUACGAUUAUUUGCAAACAUGUCUGCCAGUGAAAAUUCGUCACUUGAUACAGUGAACUUUUGUAGAAAUUCCAUAUGCCAUGCACGGUCUACAAACUGUUUUUCAAUGGCAGAAUUAAAUAUUAUGUGGACAGACUUAGAAACACAUCUCUUAAAUCUUUCUGAUGUGCCUUACCAAAGAAUUAUUCAAAAACAAAUACAGAAUUGCCGUAAACAUGAAAUUGACACGGAGGAAAUUGCUGAGCUUUCUAAUCGUAUCAACUCUAUGGAGAUAGUUGUUGAUGAUCACACUCAUCAUUUAAAUAACAAUAAUAACACAGUUCCUGAGUACGUUACAAAACUUGAAAAGUUAUAUAUAAAUGACAGUCUCCAAAUUCAAAAGAGUGUUUCUGACCAAUCAAGAGCUAUAAAACAGGCAGAAGAAGCAGUAGUUAGUGUGGUAAAAUCUGAAGCAUACGAUUUUAAAGAAAGUUUAGCAAAAAACAAAGAAGAGAUGCUGGCCGAGAUAACGGCUAAGAUGAGUGAAUUCCAAGAGGAAUUGAUUCACAACAUCAAUAACGUAGUGUUUGAGCUGAAAUACGACAAGCCUGUUACAAAGAAUUCACCAGAAGAAAUGGUGAAGGAAUGCCUAGUGUUAUGGCAUCUUAAAACACCAAAGGAAUGGAAUGAAAAAGCUGUAGCUGACGCUUUAAAAGAUUUUGAAAAGCUAGCAGAUAAACAAGCCUUUAAAAUAAAGUUCGUCCGAGAGGGAUCUUUGAUUAUCCUUACAACUGUCCCGUACGGUAUACUUCACAACAAGUUUAAUUAUGAACAUGCCAUUAAAAUGUUCUUGACAAGUCUGAUGGGCGUUUGCAAAAUCAACACGGAAAGAGCAUGCCAUGUGAAAGCUACUUUACACAUACUAGAGAAUGAUGAAGUAAGUAUACAACAUUCGUAUGUUUUAUGUGAGGACAAGAGUACGCAGAUAAGUGUACAGCAAGAAGACAAAUGCUUUCAAAUUAACAGUUACGAUAGUGCUGAAGGGAUGGAUCCAGAGGAAUUAGAGAGCAAACGUUUUGUCAAGGCUGAAGAUAGCGCUUCUUAUCGCAGAUUAUUUAAGCAUGAAAUAUUUUCUUCAAAUCUUGAUUCGACAUCACCUAUUGCCGACAGUUAUUCAUAUUCAAGCAACAAUGUUGAAGAGUCAGUUUUAGAGAAAAUAGGUAGCAUCCGUUCAUCUUAUGACAGUUGUAAAUCUAGUCUAACAGGCAGUCUAGGUCUAGAACGAUUACAAAAACCCGGUGGUUCUGCGUAUAUUCAAAUGUUUGGUAAUCCGAAGUUAACAAGAAAAUGGGAAGAACCAGAAUUCAAAAAGUCAUUAGAAGAAAUAAUAAGCCACGAUACCCUACCUAUGACAAUAGAUACAAAAGAGGUCAGAUCGUCAAGGAAAGAACGGGAAAAGUUAUUAAAAGAUAAAAACUGCAGUAUUCAAUGACAAACUGAGAUGACUCCUAAGGAUGCCUCCAGUUCAAACAGGCUAUGUUUAGCAAUUUGGACACUAUGCGAGAUAAAGUUCAUAUUUUGAUAUUGAACAAACAUAUAUAUCUUUUUAUAAUCUUACACAGAGUGUCUAUCCUAUACGUCUAACUAAGUAUGAGCAUUCUGGCAUACACUGUAUAUAGCACCCUUGAAGACUAACAUUACUCAUCUGUUUUUGUUUUAUAUUUUUCAAUUAUAAAUCAUAGUAAUUAAUGUUUCGUGUUUUUGAACGAUGGUGGGGGUAACAGUUUUAAUCUUUUUCAUUUUUAUUAAUAUGUUCUUAUUCGUCUCUCGAACGAACAUACAAUAUUUAAGAAGUAGACAGGUGUGACUGGGGAAUAGAAAUUUGGUUAUCUCAGGUCUUCUUCCGAUCAGCAGUAAAACCCUCGCCAAAGUUUGACGUCCGUUUGGUUGUGCUGGAUGUAAAAGUACGCAGCACCGUCCGGUCAGAGUUGAGACGUAAAAUCUGAUGCCUCGUGUAAAGAGAGUGCCACGCUUUCUGCACAGCAAGAACCCUCGCAACAACUGUUUGAGGGUUCGGUAGGUGGCCCGUUACAAGGCAAAAUUGCUGUCCCUAUCUAAUAUACCAUAAUUUUCCAGUGGUAGCCCAAAUUUUCCCGACCUUCAUCCCGGACUGCCUCUUUAACAGGACUUAUCUAUUGUAUAUUUAGUUUUAAUGUGUUCUCGUCGUGUGUAUGGCUAAGCAUUCCGCCUGGUUAAUUCUUAUCAUCCUCUUUGUGGAAACCUAUGUCGUUUGACUCAUUUUCUCCGACUAUUGAUCAUCCUGACGGUGAAGAAUAUGCAAACGUUUUUAAUUCGUUACGACCUUUAAUUUUCUCCCCAAAUUCACAACAAUACGUAUCGAUUUUUAUUUGCUACUAGUAAAAGAAUCAAUUUUUAUGGUUUUUAGGGUUCAUUUACCGUUUUUCAUUGAACUCAAAAUGGAUUCUGUUUCUUCAUGUUUUAACUUGAUGGCAACUUCUUUGGUGGUCUUUUUCUCGUACCAAUUUGGAGAGAGGAUUAUCCUUUUUCCCGUCCAUGAAAAAGGAGUAGAGCCAAUAACCCUAAUUAACUUAAAUCUAAUGUGUAUGCAUAAUUACUGAAUGUGUUAUUUUUUAAAGUAAUUGUAAAACUGCUUUAUAUUUAUAAAUGUAUUAGCGUGAAAUAGGAAUUGAUGUCAUUUUUGUUCAUUUUUCUAGAAAUUAGUCAUCCUUUUCGCGCUUUUCCAAGAUUUCAUAUGUAGCGCCACCAUUGAAAUUUUGGUAGAAAAGUAAAGAAUAUGGUACAUAAUGAUUAUUUUAGCAAACAUACGUGUGUGCGUGGUGUUGCGCCAAUGUUAAUUGAUUAGAAAACCGUAAAAAAUUAUGCCAAAUUUUGCAAAAAUAAAUCAGGUUUUAAUGAAAUUCAUCUACAUUUUUGACGUGUAAAAUACAUCUCUUAAAACAACAUUGAUGACAAUCCUUUUGAACUGAAGCAAUUAAAUAAUUCAAUACGUGUAUAUGUUUUCAACAAAUUUUCAGAUUUUUUGGGGCCAAAAUUAUCAGUAAGUGAACCAACUUUGAACAGUUGGAAGUUGUCAAGUUAAUAUUUAUUAGAAGAUAGUUCCACAAGCUUUAAUAUUAUAAUUGUUCUGUAGGCAUGUAGCAAAAAUGACCAGACUGGAUUGUCAGAAAACAAUACACAUGUUUAUUAUAA